AAUCAUGAGUGACGCACCUAACCAAUUCCCGCUUUUUAUAUCUGUCGAAUUGUGUUACCUGUUAAUUUUGUGAUGUAAAAUAUCGUUAAUUUCGUGAGAAAUAAGUCAGUUAUGGCUGGCGAUAAUAAUUAUUAACCGCGACUUAGUCGUCUGCAACGAGAAAACUACGUUCAUGUACUUUACAUGACAGACUAGUUCGAUUUAUGCUCAGCAAGUAUUUACGAAAAUGAGUACUCCUACUAGAGAUUCUUUACGUAGAUCGGAUGUACAGCGAAGACGAUCUGGACGUCAGGCGUUAGCAGUAAUUCCAGACAUGACAAGCAUUGCAGGUUCACCUGGAGAAGCUAUUUCUGUAGAAGUUAAUGCAAUGGACAAUGUUAUUAAUAGUAGACACGGUAUCGAUUCGUGGAGUCCAGCACUUAGUCCAGAUGAACUUGUAAUUCAGAAACGUGGUCGUCGGCGAAAGACGAUCGUUUGGUCUCCAGAUGUCGAUGCUUGUAAACGGGACAGUCUCUUCAGUCUGAGCUCGAGGGAUCGAACUCCAGUCAAAAGUCCAAGGAAGUCUACAUUACUCAGAAAUACACCGAGGAAACGACUCUUAUUGGGUGAUAGUGCAGAAUCUCAGUUGGCUACUCCCGAAAAAAGGAAACCCACUUCCGAGUGCCAGACAUCCGUGGGAAACGAUUCUUCUUCCCAGAAACAAUUCAAUCGAAAUUUAGUGAAAGGAUUACGUGGUCUUAGUCACGAGCAACUUGUAAAGAUGAUCAUGGACCUUGUCUCGAUGCAGGAAGACGGUCUAUUGACUAAUGAAAAAUUAAGAGACGUUUUGCUAAAUAUGAUGCCCAUCGCAGAUAUCCAUCCUUUACGGGAAAGGUUGAACAUCUUGAGACAAAAUAUUCACACGACUGUAGGAUCUUCCGAUUUGGACGAGCCUUGCUAUGGCAGAGCAUAUAUUCACUUGGAUGCAUACCAGAAAUCUGUGACAGAACAAGGUACCACGCUCUUGGAAUCUGAACACUGGACAGCAGUGAUGCAGUAUGUCUUCGCAGCAUGGAAUAUUACUAAGGAUUUACCACAAUGGGAGUAUCAAGGUUCUGACGAUACGUCUCGAAGAUGUUUCAAAAUUUUGGCAGAAUUCUGCAUGGAAGCUCUUAAAAGCGGUACAUUUGUAACGUCGACACUAGAUGCGUAUCACAAAAAACUUGAAACAAUGAUCGCGGACUGUGAAGAUCUGACAGUAUGUUUGAAAUUGAUCAAAGAUGCAAAACGGGGUGAUCACUAAAUUCGUACAGUACGGAAACAUAAUAUAUAUGUAAUAAUGCAUAUAUAUUUUUAAUUCGUUUUAUAUAUGUUAGACGUUGGGGAGUCAGAUGUUAUUUAUGACUCUAUCUCUCUAGAUAUACAUUUCUACGGAGAAACGAGGACUACGAGAAAUGUUCUACUAUAUUUUCUGAUAUAAGGUUUUAUAGCACGAGCAUGGUUUAUUUCUCGGCAUGUUUAAAACCUAUGUAGCUGUUUUCUUUGACUUGUUCCUGUGAUUUACAUUUUGUACAGAUAUCCCGUAAUAUCUUUAAUGAAAUGUUCACUAAGCUCGCGGAUCUCAGGUUCUCUAUAAAAUGAAGUACACUUUGUAAGUAACCCAAUGGUGCGCUAAUAAGCAGAAUGAAUUUGUAUUUUUAUACAUCCAUGAUCAACUUAUCAUUAUAUCUUAGUACGCAGACAAUCCCAACGAGAGAAAGCAAUUUAAGUUUUCGAAUGCCAGGAAAUAUUUGGCACGCUGUAGUUUACUUUCGUCUAAACCUCCACUGCGAUUGACUGAAAUAUUUAGGUUUCCAGAGUAUGUUCCACUUACCAUAUUUUUCCACAAAAUAAACGAUUGUGUGCUACA